AUGCUUCAGCAGGACAGGCCAGGGCACAGAAGGGGACUGGACUGGAGGAUUUUCAAGGUGCUGGGUAUACGCCACCAAAAGGUGAGCUCCCUGAUCUGCUGGGGGGCGUACAGCUUAGGACCCGAGUGUAUCAGUGCCAGCCCGGUGAGGGGACAGAGGGUCGAGCGCCCGGUGUCGGCCCGUUUGGCCGGACGGGGCGAUGCACGAGUCCGCAGGGGUGGGCUUUGUGCUCCGGGCUGGCGGCGGCCGGCGGGCGGAGCCGUGUUCCGCUCUCUCUGCGAGGCUUUGAAGCUCCUGGGCCGGGCGGCGCCUGAGGUCCCUAGCAGCCCGGGCCGGGUCUGUCCUUUCUGCCGACAGAGCAGCGGGCAAAGCGGGCCCGCUGCGGCCCUUCCUCGGCUCUCCGGGGGGUCGCCCGGCCCGGACAUCCUCGGGGAUUCCCACAAAUCGCCCGGCGCGUCGGAUAAGCCCCGCCCCCGGAAUGGCCACGUGACCCAGACCCCGCCCGCCGCUGAUUGGGCCUUCCGUGUUGCCUUUAGGCCGGCAGCAUGGGGAGGUCGUCACGUGGGGGCGGGGGCGGCCGCGGCGCCUCGGGGACUGGCGGGCAUGGAGCCGCGGGCUGCGGGGGCUGGGGGCAGCGAGGGGCCGGCAGCCCCGGAGGGAGAGCCGCCACCGCGGGGCGCGCGGGCUGGGGAAGAGGAGGACGCGCCGCCGCCCGAGCCCGAGCCGCGGCCGGAGCCGCCAAGCCCAGCGGCGAUCAGCUUGGCCAUGUCUGACCACUUCUAUCAAAAGAAGGAAGGAGAGGAGGACGGGAUCAUGAGAUGGAGACCAAAACUGGCCUGUGGGGCCCAGAAUGUGCCCACCGGAGGGGAGGGUGACCAUCCUGAAGAGGAUGAGAUGCAGGAUUGUGAGGACUCUGAGGAAGACUUGAAUUGGGAGCUGGAGGAUGGGAUGGAGAGCAGCGUCCCUACAGAGCAGAAGGCUGAGCCUCCUGUUAAGGAAGACUGGGACAAUGAGCUCAUUGCUGACCAAGGGAAUCCGUACGGUGCUGAAGACAUCCACCAUGCCAGCAUUCAAGAAUUCUGUCUCUGGGCACCUCGGGCCCAGCAAGGAGACAUGAUCUAUGACCCGAGCUGGCACCACCCUGCCCCCCUGACUCCCCACUAUUCCAAAAUGGUCUUUGAGACGGGGCAGUUUGAUGAUGCUGAAGACUGAAACUUUGGGAUGCUUUCCUGCCUUGUGGGCUGGGCUGGGGGGGUCUUCCCUUGGCCUUCUUCCCAUCCAUUGCAUUCCCUCAUUCCCACUUGUGAGGUGGGACCUCACAUUGGGAAUGAUUGUGGGACGGAUCCUGGGAGCUGCUGCAUUUUCAUGGACUGUUGUGUUUAAGAAGGGAAAGAAACUCUUUGUCUCCUGUUUUUGUUUGGGUUUUGUGGGCACAAUCUUGUCUGAAACAAAGGUGGGCACUGUGGCAUUAGAGGAGAGGGAGGAUCCUGGUGGGAGAUUUUUUUUUUCUUAAAUAAAAGUUGAAAAAUCAGAAUGCUGCUUUUGUCAUUCCCCACCCCCUUUAAUUGGCUGCUUAUGAGCCAGCUUGGGUUUGUGGCUUCCUGGUGCCUGCCUCUUUUCACACUUUUUAAAAGAAAUCACCC